UCAGGAUUCUUUCAGCUCCUUGUGUUGGUCUUUCAAAUAUCUCCGCAAAUUCAAAUGAAGCUGAAUUAGUUCCCCAUUUUCUCUUUCAACCACGAACUUGAGGAUCUACUUCUUCAACCAAUCUUCUUCAGCUUUCAGGGGAAAGUUGUAACAAGAAAAAUGGAGCAGUAUGAAAUUCUAGAGCAGAUUGGCAAAGGUUCUUUUGGUUAUGCUCUUCUCGUGAGGCAUAAAAAUGAGAAAAAGAAGUAUGUGCUGAAAAAAAUCCGUCUUGCACGCCAGACUGAUAGGACUCGCAGAUCUGCCCACCAGGAGAUGGAGCUUAUUUCUCAAGUACGGAAUCCAUUUAUUGUGGAGUAUAAAGAUUCCUGGGUGGAGAAGGGUUGCUUUGUGUGCAUUGUCAUUGGAUAUUGUGAAGGAGGAGACAUGGCAGAAGAAAUUAAAAGGGCCAAUAGUGUUCAUUUUUCUGAAGAGAAACUUUGUAGAUGGUUAGUUCAACUCCUAAUGGCGCUCGAUUACUUGCAUGCCAACCAUAUUCUUCAUCGCGAUGUCAAGUGCUCAAAUAUAUUUCUUACAAAAGAUCAAGACACUCGUCUUGGUGAUUUUGGUCUUGCUAAGAUGUUGACUUCUGAUGAUCUUGCUUCCUCUAUUGUCGGAACUCCAAGUUACAUGUGUCCUGAGCUUCUUGCUGAUAUACCUUAUGGUUCCAAAUCAGACAUAUGGUCUUUGGGAUGUUGUAUUUAUGAAAUGACUGCUCACAAGCCUGCAUUUAAAGCCUUUGACAUGCAAGCUCUCAUUAACAAGAUAAAUAAGUCUAUUGUGGCUCCCCUUCCAACCAUGUAUACUGGUGCAUUUCGAGGGCUCAUUAAAAGCAUGCUGCGGAAAAAUCCGGAACUUAGACCAAGUGCUGCAGAGCUGCUGACUCAUCCACAUCUUCAACCAUACGUCCUUAAGAUUCAUCUAAACCUGAAUAGACCAAGACAGACUAUCCCAACCCGGUGGUCUGAUUCCAACUACAUAAAGAGAACAAGAUUUGUGGAGCCAGAAACAAUUUCAAUUCAUUCUGUGAAAGUGAAGAGAAUGUCAUUCAGCAAUGACAGGACACUGAAUCCUAGUAUAUCUGGAACUGAACAAGACUCCGUGUGUUCUUCUCAGAGAGCGCAGGUAUUCGAAUUCCCAAGCAUGAAUCAAAAGUUCGCAGAAUUAUCUGUUGGUUGCAUGCACAAAGAAUAUGAUCUUGACAAGUCAAUAACCAGCAAGUUUUCGAGUGUUUCCAAAACCCCAAGAUUGACACCAAGAAAGAUUUCUGGUACGCCAAAAAGACAGACGACACCAUCAAAGAUAUCCCAUAUUGUUUCCAAACGUGACUCACUUCCGAUGUCACAAACUCCACUGGGAAGAUCUCAGGCAACACGAAGAGCGUCUCUUCCAUUGCCAACAAGAGCUGCAGCCUCAGGAACCCCUUAUAGAGCUAAUGUUGGCUUACUUGGCAGCAUGGAGUCUACAGACAUCUCUGUCAAUGCCCCCCAGAUUGACAAGAUUGCCAAAUUCCACUUAGCUUCUUCUGAAGAUUCUCUCUUUCCAAUCCAUCAAACUUCAUCAACAUCUGCACAAUGCUCUUCUAACUUGCCAGACAGAGGUGACUGCUCAAUCACAAAGGACAAGUGUACAGUCCAAGUCAUGGACAGAACCUUUGCCAGGCCCAAUCCCACUGAUGCCAGCCAUGUAGCUGCAGGAAAUGUUAGUGAAUGCUCGGAGCAUAAUCCAACUGGUGUUUCAAUUCGUUCAUCUUCUGAGUCACAGCAGCGUCGGUUUGACACCUCAUCAUACCAGCAACGUGCAGAGGCAUUGGAAGGGUUGCUUGAGUUCAGCGCACGGCUCUUACAGCAGGAAAGGCUUGAUGAGCUUGGUGUGUUGUUGAAGCCAUUUGGGCCUGAGAAAGUUUCUCCGAGGGAAACUGCAAUAUGGUUGACUAAGAGCUUCAAGGAGACAGCAAUUUAGAUGAAAUACUGAUACCACAAUGAUUGUUGCAAAUGCAAGUUGUUUCUAUGCCUGAUGAUUGAAAGAGAAUUUGUCUUGAAGGCAGCAUAGACUGAUAAGUGAUAACUACACUUAUUUCCCAAGAGACUCAACAUGUGAUUUUAUGACAGGCAUCAGAUUUGCUAGUACUUGGUUAGUUUCUUUUUUAUCUCAAAGAGGAGAAAAUAGCAAAGCAGUUGCUUAUCCUAAGUUUUGGAUU